AUGGCGUGCUGCCACAGCGAGAAGACCAACUCCAGCAGCCUUCCCGCCCCGCGGCUACUACGCAGUGCAAUUCUUCUUCUGCUACUGCUUCUCUCGCCUUCGGCAUUCGCGGUCACGUAUAACGUUAGCGCUGAUGGCGACGGGUUCGAUCUUUAUGAAGCGAUGGACCUGGCGCAGGCCGGGGACACGGUGAACCUCCAAAACGGCACCUACGACAGCGCCCUGGUUUCAGUCAGGGACGGCGAGUUCGGCAGUCCGAUCACCGUGGCCGGCGGGCCCGGGGCCAUCAUCAAGGGGUCCUCCAGCAGCCGCUCCGUCGAGAAGACCAACUCCAGCAGCCUUCCCGCCCCGCGGCUACUACGCAGUGCAAUUCUUCUUCUGCUACUGCUUCUCUCGCCUUCGGCGUUCGCGGUCACGUACAACGUUAGCGCUGAUGGCGACGGGUUCGAUCUUUAUGAAGCGAUGGACCUGGCGCAGGCCGGGGACACGGUGAACCUCCAAAACGGCACCUACGACAGCGCCCUGGUUUCCGUCAGGGACGGCGAGUUCGGCAGUCCGAUCACCGUGACCGGCGGGCCCGGGGCCAUCAUCAAGGGGUCCUCCAGCAGCCGCUCCGUGCUCAUCGCGCACAGCUUCAUCACGCUCAAGAUGUCUUCGGAAUAUUGGUUCAUGCCGAUGGGCCGUCUUUGUGCUUCGGUGGUCCUGCCGCGCAGAGAGGCUCGAAACUGCUCCACCGCGUGCAGCUGCCAGAAACUACCCAAGGUGCUAAGCACGGGCCUGCAAGUACGGCAACAGCAUGGACUGCACUAUGCCGUGAUUCAGGCGAGGGGGGCGGGGAAGACGCCGGAGCAGAAGAAGGCAGCCGAGGCGAAGGCGCUUGCGGCUGCGCAGGAAGUGCGCAAGAAGUCGAUGGCAGCGACCAGGGAAGCCUUCAACACGUGGACGAGCAAGAGAGCCUCCCGGAAGGAGCAGCUACGGCUGUGGAUUUUGCGCAACACGAUGAAUUUUUCGAGGAAAUGGUUGGGCGGGCACGCUCAGGCAUGAAUGGGGAGGGUACGUAUCUAUAUGUCGCGGUGUGUUGUAGUGUUGGUUUCUCGCGUUUAGGCGCGGUAGAGGCGUUCGUCAUGGUCACCAACUC